GUGCCGUUUGGAGGAAGUCUACGGUAGUAGGUAGAAUCGCUCGAUGUCCAUCGGACCAGCCCCUAUGUAAAGCUCGCUCGGCUGGGUGGGGGCCUUGGAGAAUGUUGCCGCUCAGCUGCAAAAACUUAGCUGAACAUGAGAUGAAAGUGCUCUAUCGGGCCUGGGAAGGACAGCUUUUCAUCCAGAAUCAGCGAGUGUGUGACAUCGUCCUUCGGUCGCCCUUUCAGGCUUCGAUUCCAGCUGAAUUGCCAGCCAAGCUGGAAAUCAAAUACGUUGUGGGGAUCUCUGAAUUGCGAGAAAAGUUGCCCGAAGCUGCAUUUAAAAAAGCCAAUUAUGUGAAUGACGAAGUCUGCUGUCAGAAGCUGUGGUUCCAUUUAUAUGAAGUGGAAAUAUUACAUGAAAGUGAACUGAAAGAUCAGCUAAUUGGAAGCAUGAAAGAAAAGAAUCUGGCACUCGUCAAACACUUAAAUGACUGCGGCAUUCUCCUCUUCCUCACCUCGUCCGUCUUGGUGAAAGAAAAAGACUCGGAUCCGAACAAUUUGGCCUCUCUUCAAGCGUUGUUUUUAUUUCCAUCACCGGGGCCAAAACAUUUAACAGCAAGAGACUGGAAAUGUGAAGAGGAGAGAAACGAGGCCCCCCAGCAGGUCCCCCUGGUCCUUCCCUUCCUUCGGCACGCGUUGGCAGAAGCAGCCAAACGUCCGGAUCCAAAGCCAGCCGCUUCCAGUGCUUUGAUAAAACUGCACAUGCAGGAAUUUGCAAAGCAGAGUUCGACGCCAAGCUCCGAAAAUGCAGACAGCCCGGCCUUUGCUUCCAAGCCUUUGUCCGAGAGCCCCGAGUGGGACAGCUCGAACGAAAAAUGCUCCCCGGCCUCCUUCUUGGACCUCCAGUUUUACCUCUCGGACCCUCAAAGUUACACCCUCGAGGUCUCGUUGGCCGUCACGUGUUUGAAGGGCAGCUCUCAGUUUCCCGGCGGCCGUGCAGCAGAAGCAGAUUUAAAUUCAGACCCUUUGCCCUCAGGUGGGCCAGACCAAGCGAUUGGAACGGCCACGGCCCCCCUGGCCAGACAUACGCCUGGCAGAGAUGCAGCUCUGAACAGCAGCCCGGGAGGAGACCGGCCCUCGCAGUGGAGUAAGAGAAAAUCCAGUCGGAUCCUGGGGUCGAGCACGAAGAAGAAAUGGUCUCCUCUGAAGGUCCAUUGUAUCAUGGAGAGCAGCAAGAAGAAGGAGAAGGAGAAAAAGAAGAAGAAGAAGAAAAAGAAGAAGAAAUCGCCCAAGCAGAUGAUGGAUCUCAGCAUCCCGUUCGCUAAAGACCCCAGAUCCCCAGCAGAUUCUAAGGAGCCCACCCUGAAAUUAAAAAAUCUUCAGAAUCCACUGAGAAGGAAGAGGGGGGCUGAAGUUUUGUCUGCAGAAUUCAUCCAAGGAACGAGGAGUGAGCUGCCUGAGGGAGCCACGGGGUCUUCAGGAGGGCUCACCACAGAGGAAAAGAAGCCCCGCCUGAAGGAGGCCGAAAAGAUGAAGAGCGAGGACAAAAUGGACGCCAGGAGGCCAACUACGAGGAAAGGUGUCCAUGGCGCUUCUUCGGAGAGGCAGCGGGGUGACCCCGUCCCCGUACCAAAGGACACAGCUGCUGCAGAAGCCCUCCGGCUCCCCAGCAGGGAGGACUGCGAUUCGCACGCGUUGAACCUGUUGGCCGACUUAGCGCUGAGCUCCUGUAACUCUCCCCUGGAUGGGAACAGUCGAAGAGACUCCGGGCGUUUCCGUCCGUCCCGGGAACACCGUCUGCUGAGGGGGAAAUUUUUGCACAAGUCUUCGGAUCACGAAUAUCACAGGGCCACCCGAAAGUGGAAGGGCGCUUUCCUUCCUGGCCAAGCCUCCCGACCGUCCCUUUGGCCUGCCAGGGAGAUGGGCAGGGACAGGGACUGGCCUUUGAAUGCCAAGGAACGAGGUGCUGUGAGUUCCAGCAGGAAGAGGAAGGCAAGGCCCAGCGUGGCCAAAUCCCCCCUGGCACUUCUGGACGAGACCGGAGACCUUUCAGACUCGAGCGUCUUGAUUUCCUUAGAGCACUCAUAUGCCUCUCCGGUCUCUGAGACUGUAAAGAAAGGGAUGCCACGCUCUCCCAACCCAAGGAAUGGGGUGAAGCAGGAUAAACCGGGUCCCCUGGUCGGGAAAGUGCUUCCCUUCCAGUACCAGCAGGAUUUGUGCCCACUGGGCAAACAGGUUAUGAACCAUUUACCGCCUGCCCGCUCUUCCGUCAUGGCCACGCGGCUGAGGGAAGACUUCUCUGCCUCCCACCAAGUGACGUCUUGCGAUAAAACUGUCCAAGUCACUUUCCAAUGGGAGGCGAAAUACCUCUUCAAUUUAGAUAGCAAAUACACUAAUAAUUCCUUAGAAAAAACAGUUUUACGGGCAGUACACGGGCCCUGGGAUGAGAGCCUCUCAGAUAACAUGGAAGAAAUGGGGCUCAUACUCCAUAUGUGGGUGGCGCUGUUCUAUAGCAAACAGUUCCAAGCCCUGACAGUACGAAAAGUGGUUGAGCACAGUAACCCUGCCAAGUACGUGUCCCUGAACAGUCUUGUGGAUCCCUUGGAGCCCAUUGAUGAUGGUGGCGGACCUUAUGUUUUGGAGAAACGCCCUGUGGAUUCUCUCUCUGAAGCUGACCAAGUAUCUGGUGAAGGAGGAGAAGAUGGACCGGUUUCUCCUUCCGAGAAGCCACUCUCGUGUAACAAAUUGACCUCCACCAACUGUUUAGAGGAUGAGGGCCCUCUUAUUAAACUUGAAGAAACCAAGGACCUGCUUUGCAAGGAAGAACCAUCCCACCCUCCUCUAAAGUCCUUUGUUAAGGUGGUUGGAGAAGAGCCCAGAGAACAAUCUUUGCCACACCCUGCCCCUCCUGCUGAAAACUUGCCUGGAGUUGACGAACGUGUGAGCCCUCAGACCUGUAAAACUAAGGCAGAAAGAAGCCAAGGGGCUAAGUUAGCUGAAGCUUCCCAAAGUGAUGCAGGACCCUCAGAGUGUUCAAGACGCCAACAGCCUAUAGCAAGCACCGAAGUGGCUGUUUCUGUAGAGAGCUGGGGAAUCGAUACUCCGUCCUCUUCAGAAGAAGUGAAGGAGGACAAUGUCCCAGCUGGUGGUCCCAAACGAUGUACGUCGGAAGCAGUGUGGUUAGAAGCAGACGUGAAGUCUAGGGAAGCUGAUAGUCCAGGUAGAAAGGUGCAGGAUCUGUACGGGCUCCGUACAGAUGAGGAAGAUGGAGAAAGCAUGGAUUGGGGAUCAAUUGAUCUUGCUCUGUCAGAAAGCAACGAUGCUGACACGGACGCCCAAGAUGUGGAUCUGGAUCCAGAGAAUGAGGAAUAUCCAGAGAAAAGUUGUGUGAAAGAAAAGAAAGAAACAGAUAGUGUAUGUGAUGUAGCAUCACCCAGCCGUGGCCCUCUCCCAUCUAGGACAUCACCAGAUGCUUUGUCUAUGCCUCAGACAGAAUUCCUGGGUGCCCAAGAAGGUGCCAUAGGACCAUCCUCAAUUUCUGUAGCUCCGAACCAAAUGGGUUUGAUUGAUACGGUUCCUCAGCAGGCAAGCCCAUUACAUCAAGGGACUUUUGAUGAAAAGAUUGCUGAAUCAGCCAAAAAUAUUGAUCCCGUAUCUCCGAAGCAAAUGGAUGAAGUGGAGAACUCACAUAUAUCCCAGGAAGAUAAAGCGAUCUUGGCAGAUUCAGCUUCUGUUCAAGUUGCUGGAGAAUUCCCAAAUGAUCUAGCAACUCAAGAUGAGUCAUUAGAAAGUCAAGAGUCUCUUGAAUCAGUGAAAAGUUCUAGGAUCCCAAACCAAAUUCAUGUAGUUGACAUUUCGUCUGUUUCCCAGGAAGACAAUGGGAUCCAUUUGGCUUGUCCAGCUUCAUGGCAGGCUAGCCCUGUCCAUCAGAGAGCUCCUGAUGAAGUGGUAGAGCUGCCAAGGGGCCAGGAAGACCAUCUGGAAAACCCCCUGUAUCGCAUAUUUCAAAAUCGAAUGGAUUUGAUUGAAGAUAUUUCUCAGGACAGCACAGAACUGGCUGAUUCAGCUGUACAUCUUUGUGAACCAAACAGCAAACCGUGUGUGAACUCAGCACCAAAUAGUAUAUCAACUCAGCAGGAAUUUGUGGAAAACCAAGACAGCUCUGUGGGAUCCACUCAAAGACUUGCACUUGCCAAAGAAAUGGAUUUGGUUCAAAGGCUUUGUGCUCCUGAGGAGGAAGAAGAAGGAAACCAUCUGGCUAGCCUAGUCCACUUGCAGACUAGUUCUCCCCACCAGGAAACUUCUGAUGACACUGCAAAAUUGCAGGAAGACCACAGUGCCAGAAUGGAUUUGGUUGAGGAUUCUUCCUUUUCCCAGGAAAAGGAAGUCAUUAACCCAAUGGACAAAGUUUUGCUGCAAGUUAAUGAACGACAGCCAGUACCACUCAAUUUUGGCACUCAAGAGGAACAGAAGGCAAGGCAGAGAGAAGAGUUACAGGUGGAUUCUCAGCAUGCAGAAGAAUAUCUGAGUGUGGAGUUGCACAAUGUGGAAUCUGAGACUUACUCCAAGAAUGAAACCUCUUUGGUUCAAGAGAAUAUCAGAGAUUCUUCUGCAAGUCAAGAAAUAGCAUCUGAUGAUGGUGUGGAAAAACUGACUGUUACCAUGGUUGCUAUAGCUGAAGAUGUCAACACUUUAAUUAAUGAAUUGGUAGACGCUGUGUGUGCCAUGACAGUUCAGAGGGAAGAAAUGAGUGCUGAAAAGAAGACGGGCUUAGAUUGGAUUAGUUCAGUAACACUGGAGUGUGUGACACCUCCUGAGAGUGAUGAUGAGGGUUGCCCAACUGACCAGCUUUCCCACGUUGACUUGAAAUGGGCUGAUGAAUGUUUAGAACGGAGUUCCAUCUUUGAUGAUCAAGAGAAAGACUUACAAGCCAGGGUAAAAGGACAAGGAGAGUUUUGUUCAUCACCAAAUGAAAACGUAACAUCUGAUCUAGUAGAUGUUUCUGAAAAAACUGGUCUUCAAGGGAAUGAUACUACCUCAACUGCCACAGAGGUCUUCUCAAGUUGUGGCACAAGUCAGGCAAAGCUGGGCACAACCAACCAAGAAUGCAGAUGUUCAUUGCUUGAAACCACUGAGUCGCUGGAGGUGGAUGACUACAACGUGUCCAUUUUGGGGAAAGUUGAGCAAACAAAAACUAGCCCAGAAGAACCCAUUUGUGACAGGGAAGACUGUUCUGGAGUAGUAGAUGUGGGAAACUCACCCUUUGUCUCGGCACAAAGUCAGACUGACUCUUUGGCAGAAGAAUCUGAUUCUUUGGUCAAUGGAGAUACAAGACAAGCUCCAGAUGAUUGUGAAGAAGUGACCCAAGUAGAGGCAAAAGAGCAUCUGGGGAAUCUUGAAGACCCUCUGCCUGGUGAAAGGACACAGUUUCCCACCAGUUCUUCAGGUAUGGAUAUGGACUGGGAAGGUGAAUCUCUGAUGGCAGGCAGUGGCCAAGAUCCUUGUGCAGAUUGGUAUCCCAGAAGUAAGCUUGAGAGUUUGUAUCACCCAAGAUUCGAGGCCUCCCCAAGCAUUACUGAGUCUGAAUUCAUCUGUGGUUCAGGUCCUGGGAACGAGACUUGUAAAGAUGGGGAUUGGGCAUCCUUGGAAAAUAGCCCAAAGGUGUUGGAUGCUAAGUCUGAGGCCGUGAAAUACGACUUCCCUUUUGGUUUAAAAAAAGAGGAUUGGUCAGUAUUGCUGUCUCUUGACCUGGACCAUAAGCCCAAGCCCUUCAAGGAUUACAUCAACUUCUCCAUAACCAAGAGGCACAAAGAGAAAAACAGGACUUUCCACUCAUUCUCCAAACAGCACAGCCCUUUCACCAGAGAUUUGGGGUUGAUCAACGCCUGGAGUAGGAGCUGGGGACUGCUGAAUGACCCAGUGCAGAACAUUUUAGACAUGGAAUGCCUGCGGUUCCAUUGCAGGGUCAAGGAGAUCCUGAAGAAAUCACAACGUUCUACCUCCCGUGUUCUUUCCACCAAGAAGACCCCACCUCAAGCGAUAGCAGAAGUGUUACUGUUGAGAAAGGUAUCUGAAGUGUCAGCUGCCAGUUCCUCUCCUAGGAGCAGAAGUCCACUUCUGGUCACCAUUGUCAAUCCAAAUCCGAGGACCAGUGGCAGAUGCGAUGAAUUCUUAGACCCCCUUCCUGCCGUCUGGGAUCGAUUUUGCUCAGCCGCUGCGCUGAAGAGUCAAGUGGGGCCGGGGCCGAGGGACCCUUUCCACCUCCCAAAACUCACUCACAGUAAGCUAAACAAUUUCCCAGGGGAUCUCCCGGGCAUUGCCAAUGAGUUUGCCAAGCUCAGCAGAGUGAUGGCAUCCGAGAGCAUGCGGGCAUGCAACCGUGAGAGAGACCCCACUGCUACCUCAGAAGUUGUGGGCGAGAAAGGGGGCCCGGCUCUGCCUCCCAGGGCCAUCAGCUACGAUCAUCUCUUCACUGAACUGCACAACACACUACAUUUCCGGCUGAAAAGCAUGGCUCAGGAAGCAUGCAGAAAACCCUACUCGUUCUACUUGUUGGAAACAGAUGAUGAUCCUUUCUUUGGGAGAAUGAAGAAUUUGCUGAAAAAAGGAGGUCAUCCUGAAGUGGAUCUACUGCAGUUCUGUAAAGGAGGCGACAUGGAAAUGGACAACCUGGUGGUCAUCGUUAGAAAUGAGGACAUUUUUCCGCACAUUCAUGAAGUCCCUUCCUUGCUGCGUCUCAAACACUUCCCCAAUGUGACUUUUGCCGGCGUGGACAGCCCCGAAGAUACCCUGGAUCAUACCUACCAGGAGCUGUUUCACAGCGGAGGCUUUGUUGUAUCUGACGACAAAGUGCUCGAGGCGAUGACAGUGGGGGAGUUGAAAGAUGUGAUCAAAACCCUGGAGAAGCUCAACAGUUACGGGAGAUGGAAGUGGCUUCUUCACUACAGAGAAACCAAGAACCUCAGGGAGGAUGCCAGGGGGGAUCCUGCCGCGCACACCAAGGAGUCUGUCCUGAGAUCCUGCCAGGGGGCAAACAUCACCGAAGUCCUCCACUAUCACAAGUGUGACUCCAGAUCUUGCCCGAGGUUUGAGCGUUUCAGCUGUCUGUUGAACUUGCAGAUUCAGCACAUCACCAAGAGGUUUGCCGUGUUUCUCACAGAAAACGCCAGUGCCAGCCGAGAGGCCCUGGAGAACCGAGGCAUUCUGGGCCUGGACGUCGGCGGUUUCCUUGCAACCGCCCAAGAGAUGGUGGUGCCAUUUGGACGUGGCUUUUGGUAAGGAAAGAGGUGGGAUGGAGACUGAGGGAAGUUAAA